GUCCCUAAAUUGACCCAACCAACCCACGUAAACCCAUUCUUAUUCUUUUUCUUUGAUCCCAACUCCAUCCAUAGUCCCCAAUCGAACUAGCCCCAUUGCUCUCCAAUCCACAACUUGGGUGUCAUUGUGUCACCUUUAGCUUUUUCCUUUUUUCGGUGGUUGUUUUCUUUUUUCGUUUCUUUCUCUCUCCGUACAGUUUGGUUUGCUUCUCUUUUGAGUUGUACACCAUUGACUUGCAAAAAACGACGACGACGACGACGAAGAUAACCAGAUUGUCGAGAAGUAAUCGUCGGAAUUGGCGUUGAGUCUUUGGCUGAUAAGAGAACCUUUGGCAAUUCACCUCGCAAAAUGUUUUCAUUGCCUGGACUAUCAAAGAGACCAAAGAAUGGUUAGUAAAGCGGAUCUGGUUAUCAUUGGAAUCUCUGUUGGUGUAGCUCUUGGUAUUUUGAUAGCUUCGCUCUUAUUUUGGGGCUUGCGGUGGUACAAAAAACAUGCUCAUCUUCGACGAUGUGCAAAUGAUCGCAGUUCCACAACUCUUCCUAUAAGAACAAAUGGCUUAGGGACAAGUACUGACUUCAGUGCCUCUCUUUCAAAUUCCAAAGUGAAUCAAGGAUCAGAAAACCUUCCCAAAAGUACCUUAUUUUCCUGGAAUCAUCAAAACAAAGAUCGAAUUGCUUCUGUGUCAGGCUUACUUAGAUACUCUUACAAGGAUAUACAGAGAGCUACAGAAAGUUUUACCACUAUUUUGGGACAAGGAUCAUUUGGUCCUGUGUAUAAAGCAACAAUGGCUACUGGAGAGAUAAUAGCUGUGAAGGUGCUUGCUUCUGAUUCGAAACAGGGGGAGAGAGAAUUCCAAACUGAGGUAUCUUUGCUUGGAAGACUGCAUCAUCGCAAUCUUGUAAAUCUAGUGGGAUAUUGUGUAGAUAAAGGACAACGCAUGUUAUUGUACCAGUUCAUGAGUAACGGAAGCUUAGCGAGCAUUCUUUAUCGCUCAGAGGGUGGAGAAGAACGGGUUUUGAAUUGGGAUGAAAGGCUUCAAAUUGCUCUUGAUAUAUCUCAUGGAAUUGAGUACCUUCAUGAAGGGGCAGUCCCACCCGUCAUACAUCGAGAUUUGAAGUCUGCUAACAUUUUGUUAGACAGAUUAAUGAGAGCUAAGGUUGCUGACUUUGGACUGUCAAAGGAAGAAGUAUUUGAUGGAAGGAAUUCUGGACUUAAAGGAACAUAUGGUUACAUAGACCCAAUGUACAUAUCCACAAACCAGUUCACAAUGAAGAGUGACAUCUACAGUUUUGGUGUUAUAUUGUUCGAACUAAUAACGGCUAUUCAUCCACACCAAAACCUAAUGGAGUACAUUAACUUGGCUUCUAUGAGUCCUGACGGUGUUGAUGAAAUACUGGAUAAGCAACUGGCUGGCAAAUGCAGCCUUGCAGAAGUUAGAAGCUUAGCUAGCAUUGCUCACAAAUGCCUUGACAAUUCACCAAGAAGGCGACCUUCAAUAGGAGAGGUUUCACAAGCAAUUUUAAAGAUAAAACUGAGGCGCCUCGCUAAAGAAGAUACCAUGUCAUUUGCCAGCAGAGAUCUUUCACGAGCGGUAAGCAGAAUUGAGGAUCAGCAGGUGGAGUUAAGUUUGAUGGCUACCAUGAGAAAAGGAUAGAGACUACAUAAAUAAUAGUUUGCUUUCCUCUUUGUAGUUUCAUACUUUUUAUAUUUGUUCCCGUUUUAGCUAAUUCUGCCCACUAGACCCUCCUGAGCUUUUCCUGAUAUAUACACCCCCCUCAAUAGUUAGAUACAAGUAUAGGUCCAUGGAUUAGUUGGCUUUUGCUAAUUUUAAUCUCAUGGGUCAUGGAACACAUUCCAUGCCUCCAAUGGGAUUUGAGGCUACCAACUCUUUUUUGUAAUACAUGGAACAAGAAAUAGAAGAAUCUGGAACACCCAAAAAAGAAAGGGAAAAAAAAUUGAUAUGGA